GCUCGGCGUUUCUCGUCAUCGACCCCUUUCACUGCGGCUCCAUCGCCGAGCGGACUGGCCCGCUGCUCUCAUCCGAGACUUCAGUGCAGACCGUCGGAUCUAUUACAAACCACCAAACGCCGGCUGCUUCCCUCCUGAACUGAACUGAACUGAACUGAACAGCCUCCAGCUCCCUGUAGCAGCAACAAUGCAGGCUAUCAAAUGUGUGGUGGUGGGCGACGGGGCUGUGGGUAAGACCUGUCUGCUGAUUAGCUACACCACCAAUGCCUUCCCUGGUGAAUACAUCCCCACCGUCUUUGACAACUACUCUGCCAAUGUGAUGGUGGAUGGGAAACCAGUGAAUCUGGGCCUUUGGGAUACGGCAGGACAGGAGGACUACGAUAGGCUCAGACCACUGUCUUACCCACAGACGGAUGUGUUCUUGAUAUGCUUCUCCCUGGUCAGUCCGGCCUCCUUUGAGAACGUCCGAGCUAAGUGGUACCCUGAGGUGAGACACCACUGCCCCAACACACCCAUCAUCCUGGUGGGCACCAAGCUGGAUCUGCGAGAUGACAAGGACACCAUCGAGAGGCUGCGAGACAAGAAGCUUUCCCCCAUCACCUACCCGCAGGGCCUGGCUAUGGCAAGAGAGAUUGGCGCGGUGAAGUACCUGGAGUGCUCUGCGCUGACCCAGCGAGGCCUGAAGACGGUAUUCGACGAGGCCAUCCGAGCCGUCCUCUGCCCUCCGCCUGUGAAGAAGAGGGGAAAGAGGUGCACCAUGUUCUGAAGAGGAGACAUUGCUAAAACACUACACUACAUCACCAUGAACAACAACCACUACUUCUCUGAGAGGAUGAGAGAGAAAAACUAGCGAGAGUGAGUGUGCACUGCUGAGAUUGCUUUCUUUAUAUUGAUGUUUUUUCAAAGCGAUAUUGGUAACAAGACCAAUAUUUAAUCCAAUUUUUUUACCAUUACUGAAUAGGCUCAUACUGUAGGUUCUAUGUGAAAGACAUUGACUGUCCACCUACUUUGUACUCAUAGAACCACAUCAAGUUGCCACGAGGGCUGACAAAAGGUUUCUAUUACUCGUCUUCAUACUGCAACAUCUCUUCUUUUUUCAGCCAUGCUUGCUUGAAUUAAUGCAGUGUUGACUAGAUAGAAAGUGAACUAUGAAUACGCCUUCAGGUCUGAAGUUACCCUCAGCUCCUGAUCUAAGAUCAGCAUGUAGAGACAAUGCAAACUACUGGCAUGCACACACACAAAUCUGUUGCUACUGACGGUCAAAAACAAGAUACUACCGCCUGCAUUCACUAAAUUUCACAAAUAUAGCAUGGUGUCUUAAAUGUAAAUAAUGUGUUUUUUUCUUCGAGAAAUGAGAGUGAUAAGUUAAAGGGACACUCUGGUUUAUCACAACCUGGGUCUUAUUUCUGUAGUUUUAGCCCUCAUUCCAAUUAGUGAUAACGUAAUUGUUGAGAUUUAAGAACACAAAGUCUGAUGAGACACAAGAAAGUGCUUUAAAGGAGAGGGGCCAUGUGAAAAAAAUCUAGUUUAAAGGGGAACUUUGAUAUUUUUUAACCUGGACUCUAUGUUCCCAUGUUUUUGUGUGUAAGUAGUGGGGACAACAAUUCAGCUGCCAGGCUGCAAGGGCAAUUGCGCGCCGUCAAUGUAACGUUACGUUCACUAAAAGUUUUUUUGUUUGCCACUGACAGGCUCAGAUUGUUAUCAUACCUGUCUAACAACAUUAUGGAAAGGACCCUGGUUAGAGGGAGGAGAGGAGAAGUCUUGUUCUGAAAUCUCGUGAGUUGUUGCGACUUGUUGGCGGAAGACCAUAGACUGUAUAUAAAGAUGGACGACGCGUCUCAACUUCCUAAUUUGGAUUAAUUAAAAACCAAAAUUAUCAGAAAAAUUAACCCUUGAACAAACAUCAGCUUGAUACCUAAAAUGAAAAGAAUAUAUAUUUGAAGUGACUUUUUAGUUUGUCCCAUGUCCCAUCCGCACACAUGGAAGAGGUGAGCUUUAUGACCUAUACUGCAGCCAGCCACGAGGGGGCGAUCGAGAUGUUUUGGCUUCACUUUUGGGGAGCUGUCAUGUCGUCCAUCGUUAUAUACAGUCUUUAUGGAGGACACAGUGGAAAUGUGAGUGAGAGUUGGAGAGAGAGGUGUCCGGGAAGAGUUUGUGUUGUGUUGGAGUACAGAAAACGUCGCUUAGUGUUAUCUAAAAGAUUUUGAAUAUUUCGAUGAUUUCAACAAUGUGGAGGAGGUCUUUGAAUUCGAUGGCCGCCCGCAUUUAUUUGAGCCAGAUCUGUAUGCUCUGGCUCAAAUAAAGAGAGCUCCUACAAAUUGAAGAGCGGAUGAGGAGAAAGACAGAUGGAGAGAAAGAGAGAGAGGCAACAGGCAGAGGAGGGUGAUUCAGCUGCAGCAAGGCCGUGAAGCUCAGGAGGAGACUGGUGGUGAUCCUGUGGGUGCUGUGACCCUCUGCCCACAGAGGAAGAAUGCUGUUAAGAGUGGGACCUGUUGCUGCCUGAUAUUCAGAUUGCGCAACAAGACUUCUCCUUGAGCAGGACUUGGUUAGCCACAAAGACAAACAGACUGGAUCGAGCGAAAGAUAAAGAAAGACGUUUAAUUUCUCUGUGGGGUCUCUUUCCAUGAUGUUGUCAGACACUUAAAAUAACAAUCUGAGCCUGUCAGUGUCAAAAACGAGCACUUUUUAGUGGAUGUAACGCUACAUUGAUGCUGCUCACUUGCCCUCGCAGCUCGUUUCGCGGCUGCCGAUUAUUCUCCCUCAAUACUGGACCAAUUUUAAAAAAUUGUUGUACCCAUUAGUCACUUAGACACAAGAACAUGGGAAGAUAAGGUCCGACGUUACCCUAUAAGACCUUCAUUGUUUCAGUUUUGUGCUAAUAUGUCGCAUAUUGCCAAAUCAGUGUAUUUAAUUACAUUGCAGUUUAGAAAUGGGGGUUAGUGGGGGCCCAGUGAUUUAUUUUUGCCCUUAACCCAGUGGUUCCCAAACCUUUUCUGAAGGGCCAGCUCCUUUUGUAGAUAAAAAAAUAUUUUCAUUUUUGUUUUUCUUCUUAUAAUGAAUAAAAUAAAAGGAAAUAUGAAUAAAACCGGAUAAAAAAUAAAUAAAUAAUAAAGAAGAAAAAAAAAGAAAGAAAAAAGUAGAACCAUGCAUCAUUGAUAUUUAGCCUCGCCACACCCCCCAAGCAAUUAUUUCAAUGAGUGCAAUGUAGUUGAUAUUGAUAGGAAUGAUGGACAAAGCUAUAAACACGUUCCUGUAAAGGGAUUAUAUGGAAGAGACCCAGCGGAACAUUGAAAUAGCAGUCAAAAGUAAGAUUUGUGACGUUUAACUCCACUGUCUCUGAAUACGCGUUUUUGGCUUUUCUUAUUUAGCCUUGUUCACCUUGUGAAUAGUAGUUUGACAAAUCAGUUAUCAGGUUUUUUUUUACCGGAGCUUUCAGCCACACAUUGCUGCCUGAUAAGCAGAAGAGUUGGAUGUUGCUGCUAUUUACAACAUCAAUAAUUAAAAUUCAAGCUAGAAGUUGAACUUUUUAAUCGCACCUCACGGCCGGUCUUCAUCAACAAAGAAUGUGAGAUGAUGAUGAUGACUUCUGUGGGUCAUUCACUGGGUCUUCUUCAACUAAUGAAGCCCAAACAAAUGUGGUUGAAGCCUCUUGGAAAAAGAUAAUUUUGUCAAAUUACUUGAAGUUCUUUUUACUUAUACGGAAACAUUUCACUGUUAGCAAAGUGGGAAUGGUGUCUAUGUUUUUAUGGUGGAAAUCACGGUUGUGUUCUUUUCGUUGGACAAACAUGUGAUCUUAGUCAGUUGUCUUUGGGUAACUUCAUCUAACUGUGAACACGUGACAGACGAGCAUGCCAAACAUGGGGGCUGUACAACCUUGCUGCCUGAGUUCUGCCUCUGGGGGUGGAGGAGCUUGCAUGGGUCUUAAAAUAUUCUGUCUUAAUUUAUCCCAUUGUUUUAGAUCUUGUCUCUGUUCCUCUGUGUGUGCGUACGUACGUGAGUGAGUGAGUGUGUCACAGGCGUGUAUAUGAACGCUGGUGUUUGCGAGUGUGGACGAGCACAUGUCGGUAUCAGUGAGACGGCUUUGUUUCACAGUUUGGGGUAUAAUAGUGCAUAAAAAGACAGUAUUGUUUUAAGCCAAGUUUUUUAGUGUCCAGUUUUUGGUACUAUUUCAUAUUGUAUUGUAGUAAUACACAAGACUUUUCAACAAUCUGUGGACAUAAAGAAAGAAAAAAAAAUGGAUAUUAAUGACAUCUAGUGAUGUACAGAAUAAUCCUUAGAAAAGGAAUGCGUUAUGAAUAUCUAUCUACAUGUACCUGAAUAUUUAGCUCUUAAAAACUAAAACAAUUCAAACUAAAGGGAUUAUAGUCGCUUGUGUUGAAGUUAGAAGUGUUGCUAACAGUGUACAAAUAAAGGGGGCCAAUCUUUGUGGCGUUUGUCGUCGUGGCAAACAGUGCAGAUUGCACCUUUAUGAAAUGCAUUUCUGUAUGGUUCCAGGUCUGCAGUGUGUCUGUCUCCCUCACGUGGCGAGACGCAGCACUGCGGUCCACUUCUGUCACGCUGUCUUUGGUUGGCAUAGCAAAACUGUGUGGUUGACUCAUGUCGUGUGGUCCUGCCUAGCUAAAAGGUGUUGAAAUUGUAGAUGAGAAAACGCAGCAAAAACAUUCUAAUCUACUAUUGCAUGGAAGUUCUCUGGUUAUUUGACCCACUGUAAUUCUUAGGAGAGGUUGUAAAAUGAAAUGCAUUGGCCAUGUACGUAUGUAAUGUAAGAUGACUUGUAUACUUGUUCCAACUGUUUGUCUUAUUUUUUAUUACUUCACGUCUGUGUGGUGAAAUAUUUCAAUUUUUUGUAUACUAAAUACAAAUGUAUAUGUAAGGUA